UAAUAACUUUCUCCCAACAACUCGAGUUGUUGGGACCAACUGGUUCAUGACAUGGAAACGGAGUUGGUUUGUCCUUGAUACCAUGUGUUCUAAUACUCAUUACCCUCAAUAUUAACUGUUAUCUUAAAGCGCAUGGUAUGUCGAGCAUGUGAAAACUUGAAGCACAUAUAUUGUCUCUUGUUUGAGGGGAAGAGGGAUUUUAAUCAAACCACUAAAUACAAGGACACCAUUUCAGUGUACAAAACAGCCUCUUUAACCACCAUUUCAAAUCCUCACAAUACUCCAUAUUCCCAUAUAAAAAAAAAACCCCACUACUCAAUAUUAGCCUUUGUCUCAUGGCUUUCAUUUGAUGAGAAUGACUUUUAACCAAACCACUAAAUACAAGGACACCAUUUCAGUAUCCGGAACAACCUCUUCAAGUACCAUUUCAAUGUUCCCACGACCUCCGUUGGACACCAACAAGCAGCAAAAAUCAAUCAUCACCUGCAACUCAGUAACCAAAAGAAACUGGAAUUUAAUAUAUCGAGUCAAAGGUCGUAGUGAAUCAUGUUAAAGGGAGGCGACGAGAAAUACAAUCACGCGAAACUGUUUUUGUGGAAGGAAAAAAUUCAAUUACAACAUCAUUUCACACUCCCUCCCCUGUCGUAGAUAACAAAGCACUAAGCCACCAUUAACAAAUCGAAAAGUGUAACCUUUCAAUUCGCUCCUCUGUCAGAAAAAAAAAAGAAAGAUAAAGUGCUCUGUUUUCGCUGCAAUUCUCCCCAUACGCCAACGCCAUAACCAAUUCCUUUAUUCCAUUCCAUGGAUGGAACAAAUGUCAACAAGGUGAUAAGGAAAAGAGUUUAUUGUCUAGUAUGUAACGUAAAGUCAGUCAUUCAUUCAUUCAUUCCCCCCUCCCAAUUGGUUUCGAUAGUGCCCACAUCCCCACUAUCACUAAAUGUUGCUUAUAAAAGCUCUCCCUUCUUCCUUCCCCUGCUGGUCUAUUCACACACAAAAAAAAGCAGAGGAGUAGUAGUUGCUUGCCCCUCUGGCUUUCCCUUUCCACUCUCACUCUCACUCUCACUCACGCCUCUCUCUCAACCUCCAGCCCUCCAAAAACAACUGACCAAGUGAAUUCAUAAUCCCCCCCACAACCACCAACAUGUCCCUUCUCUUCUCGUCACUCGCGUUUCUCCUGCUAAUCACCACCACCACCUCAUCACCUGCGGCGGCUCCCCUCCGCCGCGGAUACUACUCCGCCACCUGCCCUCCCGCCGAGUUCAUCGUCAGGGAAGUCAUGAAAAAGUCACUCCUCUCAGACCCACGAAGCGCUGCCUCCGUUAUGCGCUUCCAGUUCCACGACUGCUUCGUCAAUGGAUGCGAUGGUUCAAUGCUGAUGGAUGACACAGACACCAUGCUUGGGGAAAAGCUCUCCCUCUCCAACAUCGAUUCCCUCCGGUCAUACGAGGUCGUCGACGAUAUCAAGGCCGAGCUCGAGAAAGCUUGCCCCGGCGUGGUCUCCUGCGCCGAUAUCAUCAUCAUGGCUUCUCGCGACGCUGUUUCCCUGACGGGUGGGCCGAACUGGGAAGUGAAGCUGGGCCGGCUGGACAGCCUGACGGCGAGCCAGGCCGACGCCGACGCGAUCAUGCCGAGCCCACGGGCCAACGCCACGAUGCUGAUCGACCUCUUCGCCCGCUACAACCUCUCCGUGAAGGACCUCGUGGCCCUCUCUGGCUCCCACUCCAUCGGCAAAGGCCGCUGCUUUUCCAUCCAGUUCCGCCUCUACAACCAGUCCGGGUCGGGCCGGCCCGACCCGGCGAUCGAGCCGCAUUUCCGGGAAAAGCUGAUGGAUCUGUGCCCGAUGGGCGGCGACGACAACGUGACGGUGGGGCUGGAUUCCACCCCCGUGGUGUUCGACAACGCGUACUUCAGGGAUUUGGUCGGCGGGAGAGGGUUCCUGAACUCCGAUCAGACGCUGUACACUUUUCCGGCGACGAGGAGGUACGUGGAGCGGUACAGCCGGGACGAGGAGGAGUUUUUCCGGGCGUUCGUAGAAGGGAUGGUGAAGAUGGGGGAUUUGCAGUCAGGGAGGCCAGGGGAAGUGAGGAGGAAUUGCCGGGUUGCGAAUGGGGGACGGCCGCCGGCGCCGGCGGGGUUUAGAGUAGAUAGGUGGAUUAGCUAGGUGUCUAAUGCUAGUCCCACGUUAAUGGUGGAAACAGCCGGAUUUCGAUUGGUUGGUAAAGGAGAUGAAUGUAAAUGGAAGAAGAAUAUAGCUUUUCCUUUUCCCCCUUUGUCUGGUUGUCUUGCUUGCUUUGUUGCGAUUUGCUGAGCUAGCUUUUGGAUCAUAUCCUUACAGUGAUGGGCUUUCGGUUGGAAUCUGUCAAACCGUUUUUGUUUGUUCUUGCUUGCGAUCAUUAGUCAUAUUACGUACGUCUUCCUUUUGGCGUUUGCUUUGAUCCCUGAUUGUUGUUGUUGUCGUUGUUGUUGUAGCGAGCCUAUUUGUAUUUACCAGAAAUCUAUGCUCUACCCUUCCCACAACCCAAGAAAUGAGAUGGAUAAAAUAAUAGAGAAAGGGUUUUGUGUGCCACUUGUAGUAAUGUAGUCCAAGUCGAAUUUAUGGUUAUAGAAAUUGAAUACGGUUUAUUACUCUCACUUAAAUUGUUUUUACGAAUUCCAAAAGAGUAAUAGUAAUACUAUUGACGUAUUGCAUGUUGAGUUGCCAAAUCUCACAUAUUUAGCUGAGUUUUCACAUACUCAAAUAGUGAAAACCAAAUGACUUUCCUCUAGGGCUGCAAAUGAGCCGAACUGCUCGCGAGCUGCUCGGCGUUCGACUCGAGAAAAACUCGUUCGAAACUCUACUCGUUAAGAAACGAGCCGAGAGCUCACUUUUGUUCAGCUUGUGAAGCUCGCAAGCUAGCUCGACUCGGUGACUUGUUAAGCUAAACUCGUGAGCUGACUCGUUUAGAGCUCAUGAUAUGUCUUAACAUGUGGCUAGAGAGCCAACUCGAUUACCAACUUAUGGACGAAUCAAUCUAUAUCUUAUGAUUUUAAUUCAUAUGGUUGUUAAUUUAUAUAUCUCACCAUAUAUAAAGUUUUGACGUUGAGUAUGUGAGCAAAUAUAUCUUAUUUUCUACUUUAAAAAGAAAUUAUGCACCAUAGAUUGCUUCGAUACAAUAAAAUAACAUGAUUUGGAGUAGUUAAAAUUUAUUAACUAAACGAUGUAUGAUACCAACUAAGUAUAAAGUAUAAGAUGAGAUUAACUAACAAAAUUAAUCAUAUGUAUCAUGAUAUACAAAAUGAAGUACCAAAUGAAAGUUAAGAUUUUAAUAAACAAGCUAGCUCGAGCUCGACUCGACUCGACUCGUUAACAAACGAGCUGAGCUCGAGCUCGACUCGUUUAUUAACGAGCCGAACUCAAACUGGGAUAAAACUCGACUCGACUCGGCUCAUUUGCAAGCCUACUUUCCUCCUAUUCAACUAGCCCUCCAAUUGGAUGCCACAUUUGUUUCAAUUGUCGAACCAUUAACUUUUGGCCAAAUCUCACACAAACUCCGAAUCCAACAACCAAAAUCGAGUAACAAAUGAUUAUGUUACCAUGCAAAUCCCUUGUAAAACACCAAGGGGUUUGCAAUGAGACAACAAAGCAAUCCGCCCUCUAUUUCCUCCUUUUUUUCAAAAUGACAGUCGAGAUUGGCUUUGGGAUAUUUGUGAAAACAAAAAAGACCCUUCCAUCAUGUGAUCACCAUCCUUCCUUCUGUAUAUGACCCUUCCAUCCUCCGCCUCCUCCUCUCUCUGCCUCGUUCUCCAUCUAUAGAGGGAAUCCGAUCUCCAAAAAACUCCUCAAAUUCCCCGUCAUCCCCGACCAGAAAUCCACCAUGGCUGACCUCAAGCUUUCUGCCUCCGACCUUCCCAUGCUCUCCUAACACUACAUCCAAAAGGCAACCCAGUUCCUCCUCUGCACAAAAUGAAUUGGGGCAAGGCCCACACCCUUUCCAUGUUCCUCCCUCACUGACAGACUGUCAACACCUCUUAAUCCUUUCCUACGACAUUCAGGUGAUUCAUCUCUCUACCAAACCCAUAUCUAAAAAAAUUUCUUCUAAUAGUGAUCUUAUUAUGUUGGUAUUUCUUUAUAUGUAGUGUAGGACCAGGAAAAUAGACCAAAUCAGACUAC